UACCCACGCCGGCCAACAAAUCUGAAACCCUAAGCCAAGUAAGAGCAGGCAAAGGCAUCGGCGGCGGCGGCGGCGAAUAGAGGCGGCGAGCCCGCCCUCGAGCACCCCCCCACCCCCCACCCCCCACCCCCGUCCCGUCGUCACCACCCCUACUGAUCGAAGGCUUGACGCCUUUUGAGAUGGAGAUGAUUAAGGGAUCCGAAAAGCAGGUGGGAGGGCAAUACAAAAUCCUGAGCACGGGUCGGGAGCGCAAAGAUUUAGACGACUCUCUUCGUCGCCACCGUGUCCCCCCCCGUCCCGUCGUCGCCACCCCUACAGAUCGAAGGCUUGACGCCUUUUGAGAUGGAGAUGAUCAAGAGAUCCGAAAAGCAGGUGGGAGGGCAAUACAAAAUCCUGAGCACGGGUCGGGAGCGCAAAGAUUUAGUCGACUCUCUUCGUCGCCACCGUGAGAUGUUGAGGAGGGAGACCACGUUGCUGAAGAGCCAGAUCAAGUCCCGGAGGUUGGCGAAGAUCGCUGAAAAUAAGAGAUUGGCGGGGAUUGCUAUCGCUCGAAAGGAGAGAUCGGAGAAGAUCGCUAAAAAGAGGGAGAGGGCCCUGAAAUAUCUGAAAGAGAAGGAGCAGGGAAAUGUGAGGUCGGCGGAGAUCGAUGGAAUUAUUGAGAAGGCCCGGAAAUAUCUGAUUGAGAAUCCGACUUUGAUAAGUAGGCAUGUCAGUGGAAAGGAGUAUUUGGCCGACCAGGGGAGCAUAGAUCCGUCUAACUCUUGUAGUAGUUUCGAGAAGCAGAGUAUGAGCUCCCAAGUCAGUUCAAUCUCCGAGCUGAUGUCCGAGGUGUCUGUCCAGAGGGGGAUGGCCUCGAGCAAAAUCAAACCAGCCUCCAAAUCUGUGUCCAACUUGGAGCAGGUAUAUUUGCCCUUGGGUGUUUGGGAAGAGGAAGAGCUCAGGAACUGCAUCAAUUCUAUCUUGCAUGACCUGGAGGAGUUGGGGUACCAGAUGCUUUCUGUGCCAUAUAUUAUGAGGGAAGUCAGCGUUCCCAUCUCCUUGUACAAGGCAAACCAGUUGGUUGAAGUGACAUCGAAGUUAAUGCGGAUCACCAAGGAUUUCGUGGAAGUUACCGAAGGGGGUGAUAAGGAGGAGACUGAAUUCAUAACCGAGCUGGUUGAGUCCCAAUUCAUGCAGAUCUCUAAAGAUUACAUAAAACUUCCUGCCAGUUAUGAGUUCAUAGUUGAUGAUGAUGAUGAUGAUGAUGAUGAUGAGGAGGAGGAGGAGGAGGAGACUGAAGUGGAUGAGAAAACUUUUGCUGAUCUGCGUGUUGCCUGGGAAUCUACAUGGGGCAGCAAGUUUGGGCGGUGUGGUGGCUUCGUAGAUACAACCACAUUGAGUCCUAUGCACUUUACACACUGCACACCUGGACGUAUCCCAUCGUCUUCUGUCACUGGGGUUGCCUUGCAGAUCUACUCCAUCAAAAUUGUUGAAAUAAGAGGCAACUUGAACUGGCCACUCUAUGUGUAUGGUGUGGUUGCUGCCCGAGACACUGUUGAUCGCAACCGCAAUCUUCUGUUCUGCCGGCCAAAGGCUAAAUGUCAAAAACUCACCCUAGAGGAUCCUUUUUUGUGCUUGACUGGCCCAUCUCGUGCAAUAGUGGCUUUUGACCCUGUUGAUUUUGAAUUCGAACUAAAAAUAAAGGAUGGGACAGAGGACGGGACUGUAUUGAUCAGUCAUAUGUUGCAUUACUUCGGUAUUGGUUGUACCACUUUCUUCCACGACCGCCUUUGCACAGCAGAGAUGAGCCUUGAGCUAGUUGAGACAACGGUCCAAGGCACUAUCUUGGGUGUUCAUGUUGUUGAAGGGGUAUGGCCUUUUGAAUUUGGAAGUCGAGUUGUUUGCUCCUCAUCAUCACAUAAGGAAGAUGGAGCCAUUGAUAGCCAAGGCAAAUCUAGGCAAGUUGUGUUGCUUGAUUCUUAUGGUGAGAAAAUGCAUGUAGGAUCAAAUGGUUACCUUAAUCCAUCAAGGCAUGUUGUUUCGGUAAAGUUACAAGAAAGUCUGAAAGUUGUGGUACAAGCCUACUCGCUGUCUGGUAGUAUUGGUGCCCAAGCUCAUGUCUACUUCACUCCCAAACAUUGCAACAUCAGUCUGGCUACUUGUGUCAUUGGCGACUCUAGGUUGGAGAUUAGUGUUGCUUGGUCUGGCCUUGUCUGGGACAAGAUGGAUGUUUCAAUAGAGGGAUAUGUUGGCCAGGAGUGAAUUUUAUGGACUGCUAUGGUGGUUUGUUAAAAUGUUGAAGCAGCUGUAUGUCGACCACCUAGCUAUGUAAGAUGUCCCACUAUUUGUGUAACGACUAAGUUAUGUUGUGUGAAGUAUUAUUGUUUGACUAAUUAGUCGUCGUGCUAUACAAAAACAUUUCGUGAUGCCAAA